CGCUCCAAAAAACACUUAACAAUAACACACACACACACUCUCUCUCUCUCAGUUCGAGAAAGUGCAAUAGAAUCCCUCCAACCUAUAAAGAAAACCAACCACACCCCAUAAUCCUUUGUAGUUGGAAACCAAUUCUUACCCUCCUCUCUUCUCUAUCUUCACCCUCCCUUACUUCUCUCAUAUCAUGAUGCAAUGAUAAUAGGCUUUUUCUGUUUUCCCUCAUCUUCAUCAUCAUCAUCAUCAUCUCUAUGUCAUAGCAAUAACAGUACGUACUACCUUUAGUCUCCUCCUACUAACCAAAGAUAUAUUUAUUUAUAGAAAUAAUUAGAAAGAUGACAAAAUUGCAUGUGGUGGGAAGUAGUUGUUUGUUUCCAAGGUUGUUCCUAGUGGUGGGGCUUGUUUGUCUUGUGGUUGUUGGGAGCAGCAUAGCAACUAGUAGAAAACCAACUACACAACAUCAAGAAGAAGAAGAAGAAGAAGGACUCCACCAUAAUAAUGGUCAAGUAGUAUUCUCUGCUGGUCGAGAUAAUAAACAAGUCGCCGAUUUCAACUACAUGAGCAAAAGAAGAGUCCCCAAUGGACCAGAUCCAAUUCAUAACAGGAGAGCUGGAAACUCCGGUAGACCUCCUGGCCAAGCUUAAUUAUUAUUUAUUAAUGAACUCUGAAUUUCGACAAGCUUCGGUGAAGGGACAAGAUAUGUUAGCCAUGUACACAAUUCUGAGAACUGGGACUGAAUAUAUAUAUGUAUAAUAUGCUUGUGUGUAUAUAUAUUCCUGAGCUUCUUGGUAUUCCAGCAUGCAUGGAAAUUAAAGGGCUAAUCUCAAUUGCGGAAAUUUAUUUAUUUUGUUUAUUAUGGGAAGAGUUGAUUUAGAAGGAAAAGAAAAAGGAAUGAAGCUUGUCCCACAGAAAAUAAGCUCAAAAGAAAGUUGAUUAUUAUGAUCAGUUAAGUGACGAGAGUGUUUACAAUGUUUGUUUCUUGAACUUAUCUUGUGAUUGGGUUUAGCGGGAUGGAAAUUAAAAGCUAGGCAAGAGUGUCACAAAUUCAAUGAAAUCAGUGUCGUAGUACUUGCAUAUAAAGCAAUUACCUUUUUUGAAUUUAGAAAGAAAUGGUAUUUAGACAUUAAAAAGGGACAUAAUUUUGUGUAAACUUAAUUAUUUGUGUACUCAUUUUGAACUCAUUAUCUUAUUAUCAUAAAUAAAGUAAGGUUUGUACUUGUAUCUUUAACUUUAUCUUUAUGAUAAUAAAUAAAUUUAAAAUAAGUACAA